AGCAACAAUAGAAAAGCUUGGCAAGCCGGAGACAGAUUAUCUUGAAUCUAAUUUCUUAACUGAAUUUAGUCUUUAAUUUAUUAUUCAAAUUGUUCUGUUUAUUGAUUAAAUUUUGAUAAUGACGUCUAAUAACUAUUAUGGUUUCGCCCAUGGUGGGAAUACGUACGGCUCUGGAUAUCUAAGUACACCGAAUGUAGCUCAAGCUGGAUUUGGACAUGGCCCAGUUGCUUCUUCUUAUACUGCUACACAACGAGCAUCAUCUUAUGAUCAGGGCUUCGCAACUACAGGGGCAACCAUGGCUGCCAAUUAUGGCUAUGCUCGACCUCAAGUUGGUCAUUCUCGAUCUUUUUUUCAGGCUCCUGCUGCUGUUGCUUACACUCAAGAUGCUAAUCAAUAUUCCGCUGCAAAUGCAACUACUACUAUGUAUCCUUAUACUGCUAGUUCAACUUCAUAUACGAACACAUACAAUUCAGUAGUCACAAAUUAUGCGGCUUCUGCCCUUUAUAGUCAACAGUCAACAGUGGCUCAACAUGAUAAUACUUCGACGGCUGCUUAUCCCUCAAACAAGCAAGGAAAUUGGAAUUUUAAGAAAACUCUUAAGACUAAUAAAAUGAAAACAGCACCUAAAGUUCAACAGCUCCAUUAUUGUGAGGUUUGUAAAAUUAGCUGUGCCGGUCCACAAACAUACAAGGAGCAUUUGGAUGGACAAAGGCACAAGAAAAAAGAAGCCCAGAUGAAAACUGGUGCUGCAAUCACACCUAAUAAAAGGGGGCAGCCGGUUGGUGUCUCACUUCGAUGUGGGCUCUGUGAUGUAACUUGCACUGGCAAUGAUGCAUAUGCUGCUCACAUCAGAGGCUCUAAACAUCAAAAAGUAUUGAAACUUCAUACUAGACUAGGUAAACCAAUUCCUUCUUCUGAUCCUGUUGUAUUAUCACAAAAAUCUGGAUUGAAUAAAACAUCAGAGGUCUCCAUUCCUCAAAUGCCGGCCACAACUGGAAAAAUUAAAGUAUUAGGUACUCCUAAGAUCAAUUUUCUCAGUGGUGGACGUCUUCAUACUACUAGUAGUGCAUCUGAAAAUGAACCACAGCCUUUGCAAGAAGAUUCAAUGCCCCAAGAAACUACUUUCCAACCUAUGCCUCCCCCUUCUACUCCUUCUGCUGUCUCGUCUCAAUUUGAAUCAACGAGUUCUCUUAAUUCUUCAUAUAUUGCCUCAGCAGAAUCUAACCUUAUGGAUCAAGAUAAAAAUGACUCGCAACCUGUUGGACAAGAUUACGUUGAAGAAAUUAAAAGUGAUGAUAGUAAAGCAGUUAGCUUCCACUGUAAACUUUGUGAUUGUCGCUUCAAUGAUCCAAAUGCUAAAGAAAUGCACUUGAAGGGAAGGCGUCACAGAUUACAGUAUAAAAAGAAAGUAGACCCCAAUUUAGUCGUAGACAUUAAACCAAGUUUAAAACAAAGAAAGAUUCAAGAAACCAAAGAUAGAAGAUAUUUCCAUAAUAAACAAAGAGACCAUUACUGGAAUGACGGUUGGUACCCACCGCCUAAUCGAGGAGGUGGAGUAGGUGUCGGAGUUGGCGGUGGAGGCUAUGGCUAUGAUAACCGUCAUAUGCCUCCGCCUCCUCCACCACCACACAUGAUGCCCUUGUCUGGCUUUAGUGGUCCAGUUGGACCUGGUCCAAUGAUGGGCCCAGCACCAUUCAGAGGUAGAAGUGGACAUUCUGGAGGUUCAUGGGAUGAUAAUCAUUUGAUCCAGAAACACUCCGAGAUUUGUCCAUCUGAGAGUGAAUUAGAUGAAAUCCAUCAUGUUGUAAUGGUAACUGAAAGAGCUCUGGCUGGAGUCUAUGAUAAAUUGUCUAAGGAGGAUUCGCAAGCUGCUAUGAAUGAGGUUAUUAAAAAAGAAUUCCGUGAAGAAAUAUCCAACUUACCUGGUGAUCAAACUACCACAUCUAGUGAAUCAGUUACCAACAAUCCAAUGAAUCAAGAGACUGCUGGAACUGAUGAAAAUCCUGAAAACUCUAAGCAAUUAGACGAUAAUUUAAGUUAUAAUAAAGCAGAAAAGACAACGAAUGGACAAAAUUCGGAAACAAAUGAGAAAAACGACGAUGUACAAUCUAAUAGAAUGUUGCGAGGACUAAUGAGGAUCGGACCAUUAGCCAAAAAUUUACUUUUAUCUGGUGAUAGAGAAGUUGAUCUAGUUAUUGUAUGUUCAGACAAACCAACUGUACAGUUAGUUCAAAGAGUAGUGGAACAUUUACCAAAACAACUUGAGGAGGUGAACCCCUCUGAUAAAUUCGAGAUUCAAGUCAAAUUAGCUGAAGCUAUGAUUUCUGUUAUGUCAACUUCGGAGCCACAAAUUACUGUUAAUGUUUCCUUUACUUCACCUUCAAUCAGGGACAAUAGCGUAUCGGAUGGAGCUCCUGCGGAGAUGGUUAAAGAACCGAAGCAAAUGUUGGACAGGCAAAAAUGCCUAAAUGCAUUGGCUGCACUUCGCCAUGCUAAGUGGUACCAGGCUAGAGUGGCUAAUUUACAUCCAUGCCCAAUGACCAUACGAUUGAUUCGAGAUCUUUGUAGGAGAUUACCAACUUGGUCAAAACUUGAUCUCUGGGCUGUCGAGUUACUUUGUGAACGAGUAAUUUCAAGUGCUGGAGAACAAUUAAAUCCUGGAGAAGCAUUCAGACACGUCUUAGAAGCUAUUGCUUCAGGGCUGUUAUUACCUGGAGGAGCUGGAUUAAUGGAUCCUUGUGAAAAAGAACCAACCGAUGCACUUGCUAAUCUAACUAGACAAGAACGAGAGGAUAUCACCUCUUCAGCGCAACACGCUUUGCGAUUAAUCGCUUUCAGACAAAUACACAAAAUAUUGGGUGUUGAACCAAUGCAACCAAGACCUAGAAAACGAAGAUUGGAUUCUGGAACUGAAGAGUCAAAUGCUCAGGAGGGCGACAAUGACAAUAAAAAAGAUAAAAAAGAAACCACUUGGACUGAAGAAGACGGGUUAUCCUCAGUUAAUGAUGAAAAUUCUCAAAAAUUACCUAAAACGGAACCUACAAAUGAAAAUUCAUCAGACACAACGUCAACAAUAUGACCAAGAUAAAUAUUGUUGGCUUUGCCAACUUCUUCACAUUUCUUAUUGAUUCUUUAUUAUCACCUUUACUUGUUCUGUUUUCCUUAUUACCCUAAUUUUCCUUUCUUACUCAAAAGCGCCCCUUUCUCACCCAGAGAAAAAAACUCACUUUUUUGAUCUGUCGCAUUAUUAAAUAAGACUAGACUGAUAUCACAAUGAUCUACUGAACAUAAUCAUUCUUGUCAAUUCAUAAUAAAGGAUACGAUACUGGAGCGAAAUAAAGAUUGUAAUGAUUAAGUCUGAAAAA